AUGGCUUCUGACCUGGCAACGGCCAUCCAGGGCCUCUCUAUUGAUAAUUGUGACGAUUUCAAUAUCGACGAUACUCUUUUCGAGCAACGACCUCGGAAACGAAUCAAACAAGAUGCGACAGCCCUCAAAACAUACCUGGAGGCUGAGUUCCUCACACCAUCUGCCCAGUUCCCCACCGACUGGUUGAAUCGUCUGCAGCAGCGCUGGGAUUGUCCUGCAGACUACACCGAGCUUUUCAAGAUCGCCGCGCCCCAAACCAGGACCGUGACACGGUUUCAGCGACAUGGACUUGAAGGCAGAGUAACUGGUUACAAGAACGUCACUGUCCCGGCCAGUAGCGCCACGGCCAAGAACUCUACCUCGUUUCUGCGCAAGCCUGCGAGUAGAGCUGAUUUUGUUCGAGGUGCUGCGGGAUUCUUUCCCUUUGCACCUGGUGGCCUAGAAGGCAUCGAGGCAACAGCUGCUCUUGAGGAUCAGGUUCACCGAACCGGGGCCGGAGAUGCUGCUACUAGCCCCUCUAACAAGCUUGAGAGAGUUAUUAAGCUUGGUACCGAGGGCGGAUUGCUCGAAAUUGCGCCAGGGCUCAGUCGAGGUAUCGAUGUCAGCAAGAAGCAGAGCAACGAAGAUGAAGCCAGAGCGGUGGAACAAGAACUGGAACAAGAACCGGAGCAGGCGCCUGGGGUUGAAGACAUUGACUCAGAGAGACAGGCCCAUGGCGAAAAGGACAUUGAGUCCGACGAAGAAGAUGGGGAGGAUAUCGAUGCCAUUUUGCCGGUCGAAUUCCCGGCCUUAGAGCCUCAUGGUGCUCUGGCCGCGUCCAGUGUCAAGAAAGCCGGACGAGAAUGGGCCCAUAUGGUGGAUAUUGGAAGAGACAUUCCCAACUUUAGGGAACUAGUACCCGACAUGGCAAGAGAUUGGCCCUUUGAACUCGACACGUUCCAAAAAGAAGCCAUCUACCAUCUAGAGAACGGCGAUUCUGUCUUCGUUGCUGCGCACACAUCAGCCGGAAAAACCGUCGUGGCUGAAUACGCUAUUGCUCUGGCUUCGAAACACAUGACAAAAGCUAUCUAUACGUCGCCUAUCAAAGCUUUAAGCAACCAGAAGUUUCGAGACUUCCGUCAGACGUUUGAUGAGGUCGGUAUUUUGACAGGUGAUGUUCAGAUCAACCCAGAGGCAAGCUGUUUGAUCAUGACGACAGAGAUUCUGCGCAGUAUGCUCUAUAGGGGAGCCGAUUUGAUCCGAGAUGUUGAGUUUGUAAUAUUUGACGAGGUUCACUACGUCAACGAUUUUGAGCGCGGAGUUGUGUGGGAAGAGGUCAUCAUUAUGUUACCAGAGCAUGUGUCUCUUAUCCUUUUGUCUGCCACCGUACCGAACACCUAUGAGUUUGCCUCAUGGGUUGGGCGAACCAAGCAGAAAGAUAUCUACGUUAUAUCUACACCUAAGCGGCCCAUCCCGCUUGAACACUAUCUCUGGGCUGGUAAGGGCAUUCACAAGAUUGUAGACUCGGACAAGAAAUUCAUCGAGAAGGGUUGGAAAGAUGCAAAUCAUGCUAUUCAGGGCAAGGACAAGCCCAAAGUUCUGGAAUCGACCAAUUCAGGACGUGGAGGCGGAGGCGGUGGCCCAAGAGGAGGCCAAAGAGGGGGAGGACAACGCGGCGGACAGCGCGGUGGCCCCCGGGGUGGUGCUCAGCAAAGGGGGCGCGGCGGCGGCGGCGGCGGCGGCGGAGCAACGCGUGCUAGUCACAAUCCGGGUCACUUGGGCCGGACUGGUCGUCAAGGAGGAUUCACGUCAGCAGCUCAGGACAAGAACAUUUGGGUUCACCUGGUCCAAUUUCUCAAAAAGUCAAACCUCCUUCCUGCCUGCAUCUUCGUCUUUUCGAAAAAGCGGUGCGAAGAGAAUGCCGAUGCACUCAGCAAUCAGGACUUCUGCACGGCUACCGAGAAAAGCGCCAUUCAUAUGACCAUCGAAAAGUCCAUUGCCAGGCUAAAGCCGGAGGACCGAGUCCUUCCGCAGAUUAUUCGAUUGCGAGAACUUUUGUCGAGAGGUAUUGCGGUUCAUCAUGGAGGCCUUUUGCCCAUCGUCAAGGAGAUUGUCGAAAUUCUGUUUGCCCAAACUCUUGUCAAGGUGCUGUUCGCCACUGAGACGUUUGCGAUGGGUCUCAAUUUGCCAACGCGAACUGUUGUCUUUUCUGGAUAUCGGAAGCAUGACGGUCAUUCUUUCCGAAAUCUACUUCCAGGUGAAUACACCCAGAUGGCUGGUCGAGCUGGGCGCCGUGGUCUAGAUACCGUUGGUUCCGUCAUUAUCGUCCCUCCCGGAGGAGAUGAAGCCCCUCCGGUUGCAGACCUUCAGAAAAUGAUUUUGGGGGAGCCCUCGAAGCUGAGGUCCCAGUUCCGUCUGACGUACAACAUGAUUCUUAACUUACUUCGGGUGGAGGCACUCAAGAUUGAAGAAAUGAUUAAGCGCAGCUUCUCAGAACACGCCACUCAGCAAUUAUUACCGGAGCACGAGAAAGCCGUUAAGCUUUCAGAAGCAGACCUAGCGAAGAUCAAACGAGACUCUUGCGGCACCUGUGACACUUCAAUGGAUGAAUGCCACCAAGCAUCACAGGACUACAAACAGCUGACUGAAGAGUUGUACCGAUUUUUGCUCAGUAUCCCAAUUGGUCGCAAGAUGUUCAGCCAGUCACGUUUAAUUGUUUACAAAAAGGAUGGCAUUCGUACGCCAGGCAUCCUACUCUCAGACGGGGCGACCAACAAGGGACCUCAGGGAAGCCCUACAUUGCAUGUAUGUGAAAUCAGGCUUAUGAGGGAAACUCGAGAUUCGACAGACUUGCUCCCGUUCAUGCCAGCCUUCCGCAAAUAUUUCACACCCCUACCACAAGCGAAGAAACAUAUACGCAUCAAAACAUUACACGUUCCUUUAAGUGACGUGGAGUGCCUCACCAGAUACAUGACGAAGGGCAUUGUACCGGAGAUCUUCCAGAGUGGUGAAAAAUAUAUCAAAGCAAAGGAUAGGCUUCAUUCUAUCUGCAGAUCAUGGGAUGAUCUAUGGGAUGAGAUGGAUCUGUCAAAGAUCAAGAAUCUGCAAUUCCAAGAGACCAUGAAGAGACGGAGGGAAGUUGAGCUAAUUGCAUCUUCAUCGCCGGCCCUAUCCUGCCCGCAGUUCUUGAAGCACUUUGCCAUGUGCCAUGACCAGUGGCUUAUCAAGGAGCACAUUUCUCAGCUCCGCCAGUCUUUGUCGGAUCAAAACCUUCAACUGCUCCCUGAUUACGAACAACGAAUACAGGUGCUAAAACAGCUCCAGUUCAUCGAUGAGAGUUCAAGAAUACAGCUGAAGGGCAAAGUGGCCUGCGAAAUACAUUCGGGCGACGAGCUCGUAUUGACAGAGCUAAUUCUGGACAACGUACUUGCAGACUAUGAACCGGCCGAGAUUGCAGCCUUGCUGUCCGCCUUUGUGUUUCAAGAAAAGACGGAUUCUCAGCCCAACCUGACGGGAAAUCUUGAGCGGGGUAAAGACACCAUAAUUGCUAUCAGUGAGAAGGUGAAUGAAGUUCAGACCCUUCACCAAGUCAUCCAAGCCGCAGACGAUUCCAAUGACUUCAUCUCUCGGCCCAGAUUUGGUUUGAUGGAGGUGGUUUAUGAGUGGGCAAGGGGCAUGAGCUUCAAGAACAUUACCGAUCUGACCGACGUUUUGGAAGGCACUAUCGUGCGGACUAUCACACGGCUAGAUGAAACAUGCCGCGAGGUCAAGAAUGCUGCCCGUAUAAUUGGCGAUCCUGAACUGUACCAGAAAAUGCAGACUGCUCAGGAGAUGAUCAAGAGGGAUAUUACGGCAGUGGCCAGUUUGUACAUGUGA